AUGGACAGAAAAAGUCAAUAUCGAUCGAGCGCAAUAGUUUCAGUCGGAUGCGUUUGUGCAGGUAGCAUUUUGGCCUGGACGUCUCCAGUUCUUCUGCAGUUGUCCGACGUUGCAUCCACUAUUCAACCACCUCUAACGGAAACGGAAGGAGGUCUGGUGGGAUCGAUAGUAGCCAUAGGAGCGAUCACAUCGGCCAUACCAUCCGGUUUGAUUGCGGAUAAAUUGGGAUUGAAGAGAACGCUGCUUUUGCUGUCAGCGAUCUUCGCGGUCAGCUGUUUGGUAGUGGGUUCAUCGGGGAGUUUAAAAAUCCUCCUGUUUGGAAGGUUCUUAGGAGGAUUCGCGAGCGGAGCCGCUUGCGUUUGCAUACCAAUGUAUAUAAGUGAGAUAGCCGACGUUGAGAUUCGCGGAAUCCUGGGAUCGUUCUUCCAACUGGGAUUCUGCUUGGGUAUCCUAGGAGUUAACUGCAUCGGAGCACUGACGACUUGGAGAACGCUCUCCUACAUCUUAACUACUCUGCCUGUGUUAUACGCUGUUCUACUGUUUACCAUCAAAGAUCCGCCAAGACAUCAACGCAAUCGCAGCGAUGGAUGCUCCAUAAGAUCUGUACUCUUAAAAGAGAACUACAAACCUCUGCUGGUUUCUUUAGGUUUGGUCGCGUUUCAACAGCUGAGCGGUAUCAACGCGAUCAUCUUUUAUACCUCGCCCAUCUUCUCGGCCAGUAAGAGCAACCUCUCACCACAAGUCUCCUCCAUCAUUGUCGCAGCCGUUCAACUAGUUUUCUCCAUCAUUUCGGCUUCAAUCAUCGAAAAGUUUAAACGCACAUUCUACCUCUCCGUUUCUGGCAGCCUGAUGUUCGUUUCGUUGCUAGUCCUUGGUUCGUAUUUCCAUUUCCACGAGAUCCUCGCCGACUUCAGUUUCAUCCCUUUGAUAUCGCUUAUCGUCUUCAUAAUUGCCUACUGCGUCGGGUUUGGUCCGUUACCUUGGCUCAUGCUUGCCGAAAUGUUUCAACCGAGCUUCAAGAGCACUGGAUGCGGAAUUGCCACAAUGUUCAAUUGGACGAUGGUCUUCGCAGUCACGGCUGCAUUUCCGUUGGUCCGCAAUAAGUACGGCGAUAACUUUACGUUCUACCUUUUCGCCGCAUUCAAUCUGUUCGCGGUGCUUUUCACCAUGAGCUACGUGCCGGAAACUAGAGGAAAGACAAGCGAUGAAAUUCGGAACUGCUUCGUUGGGCCCGACGUUGAUUAUGAAAUGAACAUUGAGGGAAAGCAUCACCACAAAGCAGAAUCGAGAAGAUUUUGA